GUUUCGCUCUUUGGGUUGUGUUAAUAGCUGUACAUGCUCUUUUUUCACAGCUUUUGUUCACACAUUAUGCCCAGGUCAGUAAGCUCAUUAUAUAUACUCAUCCAACACUGAGUGUUCUUACUGAAGAAGAGAUGCAGAUGCUGUACCUGGCCGUGAUUCUGCUCACACUGUCCGGUGUUCUCACUCAGGUCAGUGAUUGGGGUGUGAAAUAUCCGGAUAAUCCAAUCUGUGUUGUGAGAGGAUUCAGUGUCUCCAUUCCCUGUAGUUAUUAUUAUCCAUCAAAACCCAGUAUUAAGGUGACACAUAUGCUUUGGUGCUCAAUGAACACAAACAAAGACUGGUGUAUUUACCCCCCGUAUGUUUAUAGCAGCUUAGUAAGCAUCACGUCAGACUUUGAGUACGUUGGAGACAACAAAUCAAACUGCACUUUGUUAAUCCACAAUGUACAGUUCAGUUAUUCUGGAGAGUACAAAUUCAGAUUUAUAACUAAUAAGCCUGGUGGCAGAUGGAUAGGUGAACCUGGAGCGAUUCUACAAGUUGGAGAUUUAAAGGUGUCGCUAAUCAGGCUCAGUGGAAACGGAACCCUUAAACAAGGAGACUCGUUAAAUCUGAUGUGUGAUGUGAUCUGCAUACAAAAUUCCUCACAGUUUGUGUGGUCUAAGAACAACGAGCAGUUAAAUACAUCGGGACCCAAUCUUCACUUUCCUGCUGUAACUGUGAGGGAUUCUGGGAAUUACACCUGCACUUGGAAAACCAACAACGCCUCAAGAUCUGAAACGAUCAGCCUUCACGUCGAGGGUGACAACACUGAAAAUCCUGAAAAUCCUGAAAAUCCUGAUGGUUGGCCAAUCUGGAUGAGUGCUUCGCUGACAGUUGGAGUGAGUUUCAUCAUCUCAGUCAUCUUAGGAGCUGUGAUUUACAGUAGGAGGUUUUUGACUGAAUGCAGUAGUGUCUGUACUGAGCGGCAAAAGAAGAACGAUUCUGAUAUCUACGCUAAUGCCAAGCAGAAGAAGGACUAUUCAGAUAUCUAUGCUAAUGCCCAGCAGAAGAAGGACUAUUCAGAUAUCUAUGCUAAUGGCCAGCAGAAGAAGGACGAUUUUAAAAUCUACGCUAAUAUUUAGUAUCAACGACCUGAUCACAGGUUCACACCUCAGCUUAAAAUCUGAGCAUGAGAUGUGAGAAAAGAAAAAGGUUGCACCUUCACUGUAGUGCAUUUGCACUUAAUUUCAUGAUAGACAGCUUGGAUAUUUAUUCAAUUGAUUGUAAUUUCAGUCAAUUCUAAUUUACUACAAGCAUUUAAUAUUCAAAGAUAUCCUGAUUUAGCAUUUAAUGUUUUUUUUAAAACCAUCUUUUGUAUCAAAAUUAGAGUAGUCUAGAAGUCACUCAGAUAAAGUGAUGUAUAUUAAACUCAUCUUAGCAAAAUAUAUUUUCUGCAACUUUUUUCAAGUUGAACAAUAUUCUGCCUCUUAUCUUGGUAAACGGUACUUCUUUUGACACUUUAUGCUUUGCUGAAUUAUUGUCAUUAUUAUAUACUGUAUAUAUGUACACCGAAUGGGUGCAAUUUGCUUAUUUUAACUCUUUUCAAAUUAAACUAAAUUUUUUAAA